UUCCCUCUCCAAUCAUCUUCCUCAUCUCUGACUUUUUCCCCAGAGACUUCAUUUCUCUUUUGCUGGCUUCGAUUCGGAAACCUCAGUACCGCACUGACCAUUGACCCAAAACUUAACAAGAAAAAUUUACUAAAUCUUCACUUUUACUCUUAAUUCAGAUGUCUUGGUUCUUCAAGACUCUCCAGUCCAACGACGACCUCCAAUCUCCCCAUCCUCACACAGCCGUUACAUCCGCGUCUUCACCAGAGCGGAGCUCCUCCGGCAAUCGCCACGGUGGCUCUGCGAUCAAAGAUGACGUAUCCUCUCUUUUCCGAGGCGUCGCCAAUUUCCUCGCUCCGCCGCCAUCUUCUUCUUCCGCUGGCAAUUCUGUGGACUCGUCGUCAAGAAGUCUUGAUGUCGAUGGGAUCAGGAACGAUCUGGCGGAAAUCGGUGGAACCUUCAAGAGCUCGCUCUCCCUUCUCUCCUCCAAUAAAGUUGUCACUGGAAUUUCUGAGUUUGCCUCUCAAUUAAUUCUGCCUGAGGGCCAAGCUUUAGAGGAUGAUCAGGGAGAUGAUAAUGGUGAAGGUGAUGAUCGGAAUGAUGGGGUUGUUCCGGGGACGACGGAUGAGGUUGUUCGUUUUGUGAGAGAAAUUUCUAGGCGGCCCGAGUGUUGGAUAGAAUUUCCAUCGCCACUCGAUCAUGAUUUCAGCAUGUCCAAUUCCCAGAGAGAACAUGUAUUAACUAUAGAAAGACUGGUGCCUGAAUUGGUUUCACUUAGACUCAAUCUUUGCAGCUACAUGAACGUGGAAAAAUUCUGGAUGAUCUACUUUUUGCUGUUGCUUCCAAGACUAGAUCAACGUGGUUUUGAGUGCCUGUCAACCCCAAAGAUUGUUGAAGCGAGGGAUGCGCUUCUGCAGAAACUUGGAGAGAAGAGAGACUGCCAGAUAGAAGAACGUGAUCAGUUAAGUCAGGAUCAAGAACACAGGGAGGACAUUGCAAUAGGGAGAGAAAAUAUUCCAUCCGAGAAAACCAAUACCAUGACCGAGAAAAGAGAUGCAGCAAAAGGCCUACAAAUUGAUGACACGGAAGAUAUCUCAUUCAGUGACCUAGAAGAUGAUGGUAGUGAUCUCUCUGAUAGAACAUCAAGCCAUAGGAGGGCUCAGGACACAAGGGGUUCAUCACCUGAUGGAUCCAGUGACUGGGUUCAACUGAGUGAAAACUCAGAGAGAGGAGGCAGCCGGCGCCAGGCCGCCCAUUCUAAAGGUAAGGAGUCGGAAGACGAGUCAAAUGAUUGGCUUGAUGUUGAUGAUAUUUAAUUACAUUUAUUGAUUGAUUAACUGGCUGAAAAGGUUCAACUUUGCCCCAUUUUUGGGGCUUUGUAUUUAGAAAAUUCCACUAUGGUGUAAAGGAUUCUUUAUUCAGUUCUCCAACAUUAAUAUUUCUUGUAUAGCCAAAGAUCCUGUGGCAGCCACAUUUAUCUUUGACAACGUGGGGGAGGCAAAUAAAAGGAUACAUACGUGCAAAAAGCUGAAGUACAGCUUUUAAGCAUUUGCUAUUAAA